GGAAGCCGGGCUCCGGGGGCGGCUGCUGUGAGAGGGCCCUGGGAGUUGGGGGCCCCCAUAUGGGCGGGACUCCAGGGGGAGGCGGGGCCCGGGAGAGGAGAGGCGGGGCGAGCGCGUCCCGCGGCGCGGAGCCCUGAGCGCUGCCCUGCGCGUCCCGCGGGUCCCGGUGCGGUGGCCGCGCCUCGCCCAGCCAUGCUCCUGCUGCUGGGUCUGUGCCUGGGGCUGCCCCUGUGCGCGGGGGCGCAGGGGGAAGCGCGGAGCUGGGGUGACACUUCGGAGCAAGUUGGACUGAGGGUCCCCAGGCAAGUCAGGCUCUUGCAGAGGCUGAAAACCAAACCUUUGAUGGCAGAAUUCUCGGUGAAGUCCACCAUUAUUUCUCGUUAUGCCUUCACGACGGUUUCCUGCAGAAUGCUGAACAGAGCUUCUGAGGACCAUGAAAUUGAGUUUCAGAUGCAAAUUCCAGCUGCAGCCUUCAUCACCAACUUUACUAUGAUUAUCGGAGACAAGGUGUAUCAGGGUGAAAUUACGGAGAGAGAAAAGAAGAAUGGUGACAGGGUGAAAGAGAAAAGGGACAAAACCACAGAAGAUGAAGGGGAGAAGGAGACUGAUGUAUUCAGAGCCUCCGUGGUCAUCCCCAGCAAGGACAAGGCCGCCUUCUUUCUGAGUUACGAGGAGCUGUUGCAGCGGCGCCUGGGCAAAUACGAGCACGUGGUCAGCGUGCGGCCCCAGCAGCUGGCUGGGAGGCUGGUGGUGGAGGCCGACAUUCUGGAGCAGUCGGGCAUCACGGCCUUGGAGGUGCUGCCACUGCAGAACAGUAGGCAGAAGGGCAGAGGGGACGAUGAUUCCGGACCUCCUCCUUCAACUGUUAUCAACCAAAAUGAGACUUUUGCCAAAAUCGUUUUUAAGCCUAAUGUGGUACAACAAGCCAAGAUUGCCCAGAAUGGGAUUUUGGGAGACUUUGUCAUUCGGUACGACGUCAACAGGGAACAGAGCAUAGGGGACAUCCAGGUUCUAAAUGGCUAUUUUGUGCACUACUUCGCUCCUAAAAACCUUCCUCCUUUACCCAAGAAUGUGGUAUUUGUGCUCGACAGCAGCGCCUCCAUGGUGGGAACCAAACUCCGGCAGACCAAGGAUGCCCUCUUCACCAUUCUCCACGACCUCCGGCCCCAGGACCGUUUCAGCAUCAUAGGAUUCUCCAACCGGAUCAGAGUGUGGAAGGACCACGUGAUACCAGUCACCCCAGACCACAUCAGGGACGGCAAAGUCUACAUUCACCACAUGUCCCCCACUGGAGGCACAGACAUCAACGGGGCCCUGCAGCGGGCCAUCGGGCUGCUCAAUGAUUACAUGGCCCACGGUGACGUGUACGACCGGAGCGUGUCCCUCAUCGUCUUCCUGACAGAUGGGAAGCCCACCGUCGGGGAGACCCACACCCUCAAGAUUCUCAACAACACCAGGGAGGCGGCCCGGGGCCGCGUCUGCAUCUUCACCAUCGGCAUCGGGAGCGACGUGGACUUCAGGCUGCUGGAGAGGCUGUCGCUGGAGAACUGUGGCCUCACGCGGCGCGUGCUGGAGGAGGAGGACGCCGGCGCACAGCUCAUCGGGUUCUAUGAUGAGAUCCGGACUCCUCUCCUCUCUGACAUCCGCGUCGAUUACCCCCCCAACGCAGUGGCACAUGCCACCAAGACACUGUUCCCCAACUACUUCAAUGGCUCUGAGAUCGUCAUCGCAGGGAAGCUGGUGGACAGGCAGCUGGAUCGGCUGCACGUGGAGGUCACCGCCAGCAACAGCAAGAAAUUUGUCGUACUGAAGACAGACGUGCCCGUGGGGCCCCAGAAGGUGGAGGGUGGCCUCCCAGGGAGCCCUGAGCCUGGAGGUGGCGAGGAGGAGGACCCCAACCCCCUGGAGCGCCUCUGGAGCUACCUGACGGUGAAGGAGCUGUUGCGGUCCUGGCUGCAGAGUAACAACGGGCUGGAGAAGGAGCGGCUGAGGCAGCGGGCGCAGGCCCUGGCCGUGAGCCGCCGCUUCCUCACCCCCUUCACCUCCCUGAAGCUGAGGAGGCUGGGCCCUCCCUCGGCCAGUCUAGAGGAGGCCCAGGGUGUGUCGGCUGCUGCAGGACCUGAGCCCGUGUUGCAGAGCUUGCGAGGGGCCAGCACAGUGCCAGGAUCAACGCUCGAGAAACCAUAUGAGCCAAGAAUUAGAAUCUCUAAAACAUCAGUGGAUGGAGACCCCCAUUUUGUGGUGGAUUUCCCCUCGAGCAAACUCACCGUCUGCUUUAACAUCGAUGGGCAGCCAGGGAACAUCCUCAGGCUGGUCUCAGAUCACAGGGACUCCGGUGUGACAGUGAAUGGAGAGUUAAUUGGGGCCCCCGCUCCCCCAAACGGUCACAAGAAGCAGCGCACAUACUUCCGCACCAUCACCAUCCUCGUCAACAAGCCCGAGAGGUCCUACCUUGAGGUCACACCGAGCAGAGUCAUCUUGGACGGCGGGGACAGGCUGGUCCUCCCUUGCAACCAGAGCGUGAUGGUGGGGAGCCGAGGGCUGGAGGUGUCAGUGUCUGCCAACGCCAACGUCACCAUCACCAUCCAGGGCUCCAUUGCCUUCGUCAUCCUCAUUCACCUCUACAAAAGGCCAGCACCAUUCCAGCGGGACCACCUGGGCUUCUACAUCUCCAGUGGCGAAGGCCUGUCCCGCAACUGCCACGGCCUGUUAGGUCAGUUCCUGAACCAGGAUGCCCAAGUUACCGAGGAGCCCAGGGGGCUCGGCAGGAAUCUUACUCACCCUCCGUUCUCCCAGCCAGAAGGGAGGCCUGAGGCCGUCCUCCAGGUGAAAGGCCACCGCGUCCCUGUGAUCUGGAAACAAAGGAAGAUCUACAAUGGGGAAGAGCAGGUGGACUGCUGGUUUGCCAGGAACAACGCCGCCCAGCUGAUUGACGGGGAGUAUGAGGAUUACCUGGCAUCCCACCCGUUUGACACAGAGAUGACACUCGGCCUGGGUCUCUCCAGGGGACUCUGAGACUGGCAGCCUUAGUGAUGAGAGUGUGUGGCAGGAGAGUGUUCUAGGGAACGUGGCGGUGCAUGUGUGUGCCACCUCUAUUCUGGGCAGUUAGCUGUCCUGGUGACCUGCCCCUGAGGAAUGCAGGUGCCACAUCUGCUUGAGCAAAGGGUAGGAGCAGAGAGCUUGAGUGUCAACGUCCUGUCCUUCUCCUCACUCUUUCUGCCUCCUCCACCCUCCGCUCUGCAGCAGAGACACGGUUGCACCGAGGGGAGAAAGAUUGUGGUUAAAAGCAAGGAAGUCUGUUUCCUGUGCCACCUGGCUUGUCUGUCCAUAGCCCAACAGAAGGUAACACAUUGUGUUUCUCUGUGGACAUGGCCACCUUUGGGCACCGUGUUUUUGCCUCCUGCUAAUGCUUCAGAAUCUCUCCUUUUAGCACCACCGUACUUCCCAGAUGUGCAGCCAACCUCUGCCUCAAAGGAACUUCCCAUGGAAGCCAGGCUACCGGUUAUGCAAAUGACAUAUAAAUUUGAUCAGUAUAAAUAAUUAAUUCUUUCCUUAAUGGAGAGUUUUCUUCUGCUGUGGCAUCUUGCCCUUAAAAAUUAGUUUUCAUUUAAAAAACAAUUGAUUGGACAUAGAAAAAUCAACAUUCUGGAUAUUGAUCUCCUUCUAAUGGGCUUUGUAAACCAUUCAACUUUGCUAAUAGAUAUUCUCCAAUUUAUUCCAAUAAGCCAAGUGCUUUUAAUAAACAAGAAAACCCACAUGGAUGCUUUUUGCUGGCUUGGCUUGGUGCUGGAGAAUUCGCCAUGGACUGAUGAUUCUUUUACUUGGAGCUCUUCAGACGUUGUCAAAAUUCCUGGACCUUUACUGCCUGUGGUCCUCCAGGAGGUGAUAAAUGACCUGUGUACAGUCCUGCGAUGGGUGUGUCUGUCCCCAUAGCAAGAAGAAUGUCCAUGCUUAGAAAAGUUGAAAAGGCUUCCUUUAUCUCAGGUGGGCAAAAUCCAGGAAAUCAGCAAGCACAGUAAUUUUGGUUCCAACACUUGCACAAACUUGAUCCCCUAAAGAAAAGGUUAAAAUUUGUGAAGGUCACCCUUCUUAUUCCGAACACCCCCUAUAAAGUUCGGUCAUAUCAUCAAAGGCCAAUCACCCAAGCCUCCCUCUCCACCUCACUCAGAGGUUUCUCAUUUUCCUUCUGCUUAGUCCUCUCAGGGCCACUGUGAGGAGCUUGGUCAGGAAGCAGGUGGCUGUGGGGAAGCUUGGGCCGGACAGUAGAGGACGUAAGAAUGUGGUCAGAGAAAGGGGCAGCUCUGAUGCAGGCCAAAGGUACAGGAUUUGGUCCUCACCAGUGGCUUCUUCUGUUGGGCAAGACGCCAGGCAGCCCUGCCUGAGAGAGACAGGCGUGCUUAGCACUUGAGAGACAUCCAAAUUAGGAAAAUUGUUUAUCGUGUUCAGCUUCCCAGGGGAAACAUUCAGGCAGCAAAAUGACAUCCACAUGUCCCAGUCAGACCCGGCAGCUUCGAGAAUGAAUUGGAGCUGGGGGCUGCCCCUACACUCCCGUCUCAGAGCCUGGUCACUUUGUGAACCCCCACCCAGGGUCUGUCCCCUCUGCUAUUUAUUUGACUCCCAUCCUCUGGAGCUCAGCUGCCUGUUUUCAUUCCAGAGGUUCAGGGACUGCCAGCCCUUAUUUCAGAGCUUGGAGGCAGAGCAGAAGCGAGAGCCAAGGCUGGCCGGGGCCUGGACAACAUCCCACCCCUUCCCAUUGUGUGGAUUACAGCUGGGCACACAGCCCAGGGCCAAGAGCCCCAGGCUGCUGCUGGCCUUGGAGCAGGGAUCUGCUGUUACAGGUGCAGCUCUCAGCCCACACAGAGGGGUCAUACUGGGCAAGACCAGUUUCCACUGCUGCUGCCUUGUAGAAGAGCAGAGAAAAGUACUCCAAUGAGAUACCUGUAGCUCAUGCUCUGACUCAGAAAAUAUAUCAAAGCUGAGUUUUUAUUUUAAAAAUUAUACUUUUGCUUUAGACAAAUACCACUUUUCUUUCUCCUUUUGCUGUAGGUCUCUCUUUUUUGCAAACCAUAUUUACCAUUAAAUUUUCUGUUUUAGCUGGAGGUUAGUAUCUGUGAGCCUGAAACCUCAUACCAAUGCCACACUUAGGAUCUUUUCCUUUUAUAAAAAAUAAGGGGGGGUGGGUGUUUUCUGCUGCCUCCAUGUGUAGUAAAUAGCAAGGUCUUUAAAAUAAAUUCAAAGGACAAGAGAACUUCUCAUCCAUAUGGGGAAACUGAGGCAGGAAAAUCACCCAUUCCCCCCCACUCCCCAUUUAUAUAAAAGACUCAAGGCAGGGCGAGGCAGAACCUCCUUUGUUAGCUUCAACACGCUUCACUGUCUGGGUGAUCAUUUAUUUUCCCUGAGCAUUUAUAAAUAAGGGGGAGGGUCCCUAGCGAUUGAAAGGGAUUGAGAAAUAUGCCAUAAUUAGAGGAGCUAAAUCUCCUUGUAUCGUAAUAGCCGAUGUUAAUGAAUCAUAAUAAUUGACUAAUUGGAACCUGGAGCAGGUUCCUGUCUCUGAAUUUCAAUGCCCUCUGUUGUCUAAAAAAGAAAAGCAUGUGAAUGGGUUGUCUUUAAUAGUUUUCCAAUUUUAGGCUUCAUAUUCCCCAAAUAAAAUAGACUGGACAUUCUAUUAAAAUAGACUGCCCACCUAUGCUAAGUGCUCUAUGUCCCUCUGUUUGGCUUUUUGAGGACUUCAGACUAAAGGGGAGUAUGUUGGAAGUAAAUCAUCCCCACAUCGGUCAGAGCAGGUGGCUGCCCAAAGGGUGCAGAAAUGGGGGGGCCUGGAGAGACAGUCUCUUUGUUCCUGUCAGGAAUAACCCCGAACACUUAAUUGAAUCAUGUAUACUAUAGGUGGAAUAGGAAAAACAUCCAUCCUUUAAAUUUAUCUCUUGGCUAAAUAAACUCUGUGCUGUGGACUAAAUGUUUGCGUCCUCUUAAAAUUCAUAGGUUGAAGCCUAAAUCCUUGAUAUGAUGGUACUUGGAAGUGGGACCUUGGGAAAGUGACUAGGUCUUGAGGGAAGCACUCUCAUAAAUGGGAUUAGUGCCCUUGGAAGAAGUGAAAUAAGAUACAACAGAAGAUGGCCCUUUGCAAACCAGGAAGAGAGCCCUCACCAGAUGCCACACCUGCUGGCGGAUUGAUCUCUUCCCAGCCAUCAGAACCAUGAGAAAUAAAUAUUUGUUGUUGAAGCCAUCCAGUCUGAGAUAUUCUUGUAAUGGCAGCCCAAGCUAAGACACUAAAUCACUUAAAAUAGGAAUCCUUUUUUUCUUUAACCUACCCAGAAUACACACACGGACAUACACAUAUAUACACAGUGCUGCUAUUACAAUUCAAAGGACUCCUGCAACCAUGAGAACACAAAUCCAGUUAAAAGAAAUAGCAAAUAUAAUAAUACAACUUAGCAAAUACUUAGACGUGUAUCUCUAAAUAUUUAUUUCAGUCGGUUUUAUGUACUAAGUAGGGUACGAGAUAGUUCACGUUGAAGAGACAUUUUUCUGAAACAAAAACUUGUAAGGGAAGGAUGUAUAAAAACAAACAACAUAUUGGCAUGUUUAUUUUUUGAGGGAAAAUGUAAUCAGGACUAUAAAGAAUAAAACAUUUGACUCUAACUGUACUGCUUGCCUGUGGGA